UCAGUGUAAUGCAGCGCUGUGUGAGAGCACCACUGUCACUGCUCUCUCCUCUCUGUGUUUCUCUCUUGUUGUCCACAGACACUUUCUCGCCUUCUCUCUGAUCUUUCUCUCUCUCUUUAUCUGCGCUCGUGGUCCCUCUCCUCGCCCCUCCUCUCUCUCUUUGCGUUCUUCCCCUCUUUCUCUUUCUCUCUGACUCUGUCCCAUAGGCAGAGAUAGGAUCUGUUACAUACAGCAGCAGCCACACCAAGAGCCCAGACCCUGUAGCUGACUCUUGUGCCAACCCUUGUGGGAACAUCAGUGGGUGGGUACUUGACAGAGCCAGCGCCAGGAAGAUAAAACCACUCAGUGCUGCUGGAGGUGUGACACAGUCCCAGGCCUCUGCACAUUGAUUCACACAGGAUUAAGCCACUGCAUGAUGCUUCAGGCGGAAGGCCUGGCAUAGCUGAAUUACCGUCCCUGUCAGACUUAACGUCUUUGGAGGCCUCCUCUGCCUUGCUCCUGUCUUCUGUGGAAGGACUAGUAAAAAUUAUCUGCCACUGCACCAACCAGAUCACCCAAAGGGAUGACUGGCAGUCAUCUGUCUCAGGAGUAAGAGAGGAAGCAAUGGGCUGGACUAUGACUCUAAAAGAUGACUUUGGGGUCAUUGCCUGGACACGGCGAGCUGGGAACAACCUCUGCCUCUUCUUCCUCUUUUCCCUCUUUUCCGUUUCAGUCCAGUCAGACAUUGUGUUUCCUAAGGACCAUCAUUUCUCAUGGAAAGCAGGCCAGUGGGGUCAAUGUAUCGGGGAGGAGUGUGGUUCUGGCGGGGUUCAGACAAGGACAAUAUGGUGUGUCCACACGGAGGGCUGGACUACCCACCAUUCCCACUGCCACCACAUGGACAAGCCGGAAAGCCAGCGUCACUGCUUUAAGGUCUGCGACUGGCACCAGAACCUCUUUGAGUGGGAGGUGUCAGACUGGGGUGGCUGUGUUCUUGUCCCUUUCUUUUCCAACGAGCUCAAGCUUAGGACGACUGAGUGCAUUACAGCACAGCAUGGCAUCCAGAGGCGCAAAGUAAAUUGUGUCCGCACUUCAAACCAUACUACAGUCACCUUGAGGAUAUGUGAGUUCUUUUCCCAGAAACCACCUGUGGAGCAGGCAUGCCUCAUUCCCUGCCCCCAGGACUGUGUAGUCUCAGACUUCAACUCCUGGUCCAGUUGCAGCAAAACCUGCGGCGCUGGCCUGCAGCAUCGGACUCGACAUGUCCUGGCCACACCAAUGUACGGAGGCGCAAUUUGCCCCAACUUAACUGAGACCAGGACUUGUUCUAGCUCUGUUGACUGCCCUGCUGGGGAGGGCGAGUACCAGUACAGCCUUAAAGUAGGGGCCUGGAGCGAGUGCCGACUACCCCAUCACAAGGAUGCCCUUCUAAGUGGUAGGACCACAGUGGACUUCAGCGCCAGCUCCAAUGAGAACAACACAGUCACAUUGCACACGCAGGCUUCUCACCACCACGCCCAUCACCACCACCCUCAUGCGCACAAGUACCCCAUGUCAUGGGAACUGGAGGUAGGAUACAAGACACGACAAGUCCGCUGCACACGGAGUGACGGCAGGAAUGCUAUGCUGAGUCUGUGCACCAAGGACAACUCCCCUCUCACCUUCCAGGCGUGUGUGAUGCCCAAGGACUGUCAGACAUCUGAUUGGUCCUCAUGGAGUCCCUGCUCUAAGACCUGCCGGUCCACCGACCUGUCCCCUGGUUACAGACUCCGGUCACGGAUCAUGACGCACAUCCCUGUCAGAGGAGGGAAACAAUGUCCUGCCCUUGAGGAAAAAGAAGCUUGCCACAUCAUAGGAGAUUUACUUCCAAACUGCCCCAGCUAUGUGUGGAGGACCACUGACUGGGGCGAAUGUCGCAUCCUCCCCUUACUGAGCCAGCAGGACCGGCGGCUGGCUAACAUCAGUAUUCUGUGUGGAAGCGGGAUCCAGACCAGAAAGACCUACUGUGUUCAAGUCCCCGAUGACUCAGCACCACAUCACAGGAAGGAGGUGUCCAGGCCUGUGAAUGCCAGGCUGUGUGCUGGUGAAGAGCCCCCCAUGGCGGUCCAGCACUGCUCCAUCCCUUGCCAGCAUCACUGCCUGCUCUCCCAGUGGUCACCCUGGGGUGCCUGCCUACAUGACAACUGCAAAGAACCACAGGGGAAAAAAGGUUUCAGACAGAGGAGGAGAGAGGCGCUGUGGCAGUCCAGCAGUCCUCCGGAGACCUGCCCUCAUCUAGUGGAGUCCAUCCCCUGUGAGGAUCCUGCCUGCUACGUGUGGCAGGUCCAACAGGAAGAAAGAUGCAUUCCCACUAAAGGCUCCUGUGGUCCUGGAGCUGCAGCCCAGAAUGUGACCUGUGUCAGCGCUGAAGGGUCCUCCCCUGUGCCGAUUGCCCUCUGUGUAGACGACCCUCCCCCUACAGAAGUGGCCUGCGAGGUGGCCUGUCCUUCAGACUGUGUGGUUGGCUCCUGGUCUCCCUGGUCACCCUGCUCACACAGCUGUACCACUAAGACUGCAGAGGGUCAACAGAGCCGCACACGCACUGUGUUGGCCAUCCCAGGGAAAGAAGGGAAGAAGUGUCCGGCAGCUCCAGCCCUGGAGGAGUGGAGAGUCUGCAAUGACCACCCUUGUAUGGUAUUCUACUGGGAGGCCUCAGCCUGGGGUCCCUGUAUUGAGGAUGCCUUCGUGGAUCUCAAUGGAACCAGCUCCUGGAAUGGGACCCCUGCCUGUGCCAUGGGUGUUCAAAUCCGCAAAGUCAGCUGCACGAAGAUGAACGUUGGACCUGUCAUAAGUAAAAGGUGUUCAGAUUCUGCUCGUCCAGAAUCGGUCCGACCCUGUUUGCUUCCCUGCGAGAAAGACUGCAUUGUGACACCCUUCAGUGAAUGGACAGCCUGUCCAUCAACCUGUAUGCCAGAAAAUGCGACUGCUGCCACGCAGUCUCGAUACAGAACCAUCAUUCAGAGGUCUGCUAAUGGAGGUCAAGAGUGCCCUGACACACUGUAUGAAGAGAGAGACUGUGAAUCACGUCCUGUGUGUCCAGUGUAUAGUUGGAGGACACACAAGUGGCACAGCUGUAGCUUGGUUCCAGAUUCUGUUCGACGUGGAUUAUCUGGACCAGGAGAGGCCUGUGGAAAUGGUUUAGAAACGAGAGGAGUCAGUUGUGUUGGGGAGAUGGGUGAGUCGGCCAAUAUGACUGAGUGCCUGCGAUGGGCUGGCCCCUUGCCACCUCAGAUCAGAGAGUGCCGGGUGGCUUGUAAGGAUGACUGCACUCUAACUUCUUGGUCCAAGUUCUCUGAAUGCUCUGGAUGUGGCAGCUCCCGCAGUCGCAAGCGCUCGCUUACAGGUCGCAGUAAAAAGAAGGAGCAUUGCCUGGAUGAGAAGUUACACCCCCUAGAGGAGACAGAGACUUGUCCCUGUGAUGAGUUUCUGUCCCAGCCCUAUGGGAACUGGUCUGCAUGCCUCCUCCCUGAUCCUUCACCUCCGGGGUCCCUGCAGGGCUGGAUGAGCCACCGGGAGGUGAAGGAGUGUGGCCAAGGUCUGCGCUACAGAGCUGUGGCCUGCAUAGACCAGCAGGGACAUCUGGUCAAUCCCACACAUUGUACAGACUCAGGCUAUAUGGUGGAGGUUUGCCACAUCCCUUGCCCUCUAGACUGUAAGCUCAGUGACUGGUCAGCCUGGUCAGCCUGCAGUGCAUCCUGUGGCAGCGGGUUGAAGAUCAGAUCCAAGUGGCUCAGGGAGAAAGCUUUCAACGGGGGUCGCCCGUGCCCCAAGCUGGAUUUGAAAAAUCAGGCUCAGGUGUACGAGGCAGCACCUUGCCACUUUGAAUGCAGCCAAUACGAGUGGAGGAUCGAGCCCUGGUCCAUUUGUACCAUCAACACUGUGGACGACCUGCCAGCCUGCGGGGAGGGAGUCCAAAGCCGCAAGAUCAGGUGUGUGAAGCAGGAAACAGCGAGUGGGGAGAACAGCACGUUGGGAGACAGUCUGUGUGAUCCGGAGGAAAUGCCACCAAGAGCCCAGGUCUGCUUUCUGGCCUGCCCCAACGACUGUGUUGUGGCACCCUGGGGACCUUGGAGCAACUGCCCCCUGCAAUGUGACCAAGGAACAGCAAGGAACAGAAGCAGACACAUCCUCCGCCUCCCAGCCUCAGAAAACUCGGCCUGCCCAGAGCUAGUCCAGUCAGAGCCCUGCAUCCUCAACAGCACCUGCUUCUCCUACCAGUACACAGUGUCAGACUGGAGUACAUGCCAGCUGAGUGAAAAUGCCAUCUGUGGUCACGGUUCACGGCUGCGUCUCGUGGACUGUAUUCGCAGCGAUGGCAAGAUUGUGGAGUUGCAGAAGUGCGAGCAGUUUGGGCUGAUCAACAAGUACAAGCUGUCAGAGAGCUGCGUGGUUGACUGUCCUAUCAGCUGUAUGCUCUCUGACUGGUCGCCGUGGGCGGAAUGUUCCCACACCUGUGGUAACCAAGGUCAGUUUCUGCGCACCCGGAGAAUUCUGCAGGAGGCUAAUGAGGAAGGUCGGCCCUGUCCCAACCAGCUCACCCAGAUCAAGCCUUGUCCCAUAAAGCCUUGCUAUACGUGGAGGCUGAGUGACUGGUCCCCAUGCACCGUCGAGGGUGCAGAGUGUGGUGAGGGGCUUCGGAGAAGGAGCCUGUCAUGUGUCGUCAAUAGGGGAAACUGGCCUGAGUCUCCUCCGCAGCCAGUGGACGAGGAACUUUGUGGAGACAAACUGAGGCAGCAUAUCCAACAGGAGAUGGAGCAGCCCUGCUUCGUCCCCUGCCCAGGAGACUGCCAUUUGACUGUGUGGUCGUCUUGGAGCUCUUGCCAGCUGACCUGCCUGGAGGGGCGGAGUUUUGAAACCACUGGGCGCCAAGCUCGCUCUCGAGCUGUGAUCAUUCAGGUCAUGGAGAACCAGGGCAGCUGCCCACAUCAAGUAUUUGAGACCCAGCCCUGUAAAGGGGGGAAAUGCCACAGUUACCAGUGGAGGACUGGAGGAUGGAGCAACAAUGAGAGAGCAGUGUGGUGUCAGCGCUCAGAUGGUGUCAAUGUCACAGGGGGGUGUUUCCCGCAGAAAAGGCCGACCACGGUCAGACACUGCCAUCCCGCGUGCACUAAACCCUUCUCUCACUGCACCCCGAGCGGAGUGUGUGGGUGUGAGAAGGGUUACACUGAGGUGAUGACCACACAUGGCUUCUUGGACUACUGCACCAGAACGCCGGGGGUGGAUAACAACAAGAAAGCUGAUGUGAAAACCAACUCUGGAAGAUUAAAACCCGGGCCGUCUCAGGCCCAGGACCUCUUCAGCGAGUGGACAUUACGACCUGUUGGCCCAGAUGGAAGAGUAAAGCUGUGGGUUUACGCUGUGACUGCCGUUGGAUUCAUCUUAAUACUCUUCGUUAUUGCAUUAUCAUUCCUGGUCUGUAAGCCUUCCAAAACCACUAAGACGUCUCCUCCACCGCAGAAGCCCUUGACCCUGGCCUACGAUGGUGACAUGGACAUGUAACCAGGCUGCUAUACCUCGAAAGGACGCGCUCGGCCUCGGACAGACUCCUGACUGCGUUCAGAUUGUUAGCAAGCACGUCCAUCACAUACCACUGAUUGUUGGCCAGUUUGAGCUUGGGUGACUAUUUGCUGUAGUGCCAAUUGUAUUGCAAAAAUGCAGCGGACAGAUAGCGACGAUCGCACCUGAUUUGCUGCUGAAGGGCAAUGUAGCCCAUAAUUAUGGCUUCAGUCAACUUUCCUCCCCAAGGAAGAGGAACAAAAGCCAAAUAUGGUGGAAAUGAGAUAAAAGGUCUCUAGACACAGGAAAUAAAUGGACCUCUAGUUUCUCUUUUUAACUGCUUGCAAUGUGAACGCACAGUUGAAGCACUGUUUGCAACCCACAAGUCACGAGGACUCCUAAAAGGCAAAGACUAAAUGGAUGUUUGAGUUUUAUUGUGUUAAGAAUCAGAGUCAGCAGUCACUCAUGCCAUUCAAAAGCAGGAAAACAGAACAUUUGGCAUUUGACUUUGUCUUUUCAGUGCUGGAUCUUUGUAAAAAAGAAAAUGUCACACGCCUUUUGGCUUAACAGCCUUUUUUUGAAUUUCUGAGAAUAAACAGGAUGCCCUAUGCACUACAUUAGUGCUGAUUCACCUUUGUUUUUUUCCUUUCAAAUGACUUUUCUAGUGUUUUAAUUGUAAUGCAAGUUGUUGCUGUCAGAUUGUGUUUUGUUGAUGAUGCCAUAUGUUGUGUAUAUGUGGAAACCAAAAGCAGGCUUGCCUUGAAUUUAACAAAACAAUGAUGCAGUAAUUUUUCUCCUCUCUGAUUCUCAUAAGACUUCUCGGAAUUGUGGAAUUUUUUUGGUCAACAUGGUCAAGAAUUAACAGCAAACAACACACACAAACCUUUUAAUGCUAAUUAUCAAAUGCCAGCAUGAUGAAUAUCAUACCUCACACACACUCUUUCAUCAAAUCAUGCAAAUAAGAAAGCACUGAUUGCCAAAACAAAUACAAGAAUGGAGAUGGUGAAUUAUGAACUGGAUCACACACCGUGUAUUUUUAGAGCAAAAAUGCUUUACUUCUUUUCACAAGGAUGUCGUACAUUUUUGUACUGCAUUUAUUUCAUUGUAUUACAUCCAUUUACAAAGUCAUUUGACAGAGCAAGACAAGCUACAAGUUUUUGACAGUUGUUUCCUCUUUUAUUUCAGUUUUUGGACCACAAAGACAGGGCUCAAAACAUGACAGCAAAUACCAAAUAUUUGUGAGCACAAAUGAAUUAGGUCAUCUCUCAUUUCUUUUUCUCUAGCUCAUGCAAAAAAGUAAUGACUUUUCGGUAACACUUUCUAUGAAGACCACAUCUAUAAUGUGUCAUGGGGGCAUUCAUAGUGAAUUAUAAUGCAUUUACAUUUUUUUAAAUAAUCUAUGCUGCAUCAUAAGUCGUUAUGUUCGUUGCCAAAAUGCAGAGAAUCACAAAUAACAUUUGUCUGCUUUGGGAAGGGAACCUUAAGUUGUAAAACCUACAUGAUAUAUUGAAAGUAAGAAAAAGACAAAAUGCCUUUUGUCAAGCUUUAUUUUCACUAUGGAUAAAAACAGUGAGUCGGGGUGUUCUAACAAACAAUCAACAUCAACAAAAAUUGACAAAAUGUAUUUUGUGGUUUUCUUACUUUGAAUAUAUCAUAUAGGUUUUAUAACUUAAUGUUGCAUUCCUAACACAGACACAUUUGGCUUGAAAUUUCCCUGCAUGGUUUAUUAACAUUUUGGCAUCUUACAUAAUAAUCACUGCAUGCAAAUGCAUUACACUUUACUUACCACCAACAAUGAAAUGUUAUGAUGAAGCAUGCAUUAUUAUAUAUGCAUCAAUAUAAACUUUACUUAACACAUACAAUGAUAACUUAUGACACUGCAAGGACUAUUAUAGCACACUAUGAGUCCUUAUGGGUCCUAUGAGACUCUACAUUUGAUAGUAGUAUGUAUAGGUGAUAAUAGAUAGUCAUAAUGUAUUUUAAGCCCCAUCAGUCUAGACUCUAGAGCAUUGAUAAGACACUUGAACUUAUAAUUCAUUAUAAAUCACAUCUAUAAUGUUAUAAUCUGUAAUGUUAUGACUGUUGAUAUAGUGCAUAAGAAAACGUGCAGUAAUGAGGCAUUUGAAAUGCUUUAAAGUUCCCUAUGAAUGCCCUCAUAGAAAGUGUCACUGACUUUUCUUUUAUUCAGCCCUGGAAUUGUUUCAGAUUUCCACUUCCAGUAUAAGGCAUCCAUAUAUCUUAGUAAAGAAUCUUCAUUUUUUUUUUUUCUUCAUUUAAUCCUCUUGGCCCCCUUGGGAGCAUAGGGCGUCCACCAUGGAUCUCCACCUCACUCUCCUCUGCGCUAAGGUCUUUACUUCUUGCCAGGAGUUCCCCGUCUUGGUCAGUUCAUCAAGCGUGGACCGCCUCCACUUGGAUUUAGGUCUCCCUAGCUUCCUCUUGCCUUGGGGAUUAUAGUCCAGAGCUUGUCUUGCUAUGUUCCUCGGAUCCUUCCUAAAUGUAUGACCGAUCCAUCCCCACUUUAUAGAUUGGAUUUCAAUGUGGAUUUGCCACUAGUUCAUGCAUCUCCACAGGUCUACAUUUGUAAAGCAUCUUAGUGGACCAUAAACGCUUACAUUUAAUAUCAUUUAGUCACGGAUCCUUCAGUGGACCAUAACGCUUAUAUUUAGUAUCAUUUAGUCACAGAUCCUUCAGUGCAUUAUUCAUACGACCCAGUGGAGAAUUAAGUUCCUUAAACUUGGUGGUUUUGGCACUGACCAGAGUUUACGCUGUUUCUCUUUCUGCCUCCACAAACUGAAGACACACAAGACUUGGUCUUGUAUUAUCUGACCUCCUUCUGAAUGUAUUUUACCAGUAACUCUAUAAUCGUAGUGGUUGUACAAAUACAGUUGUUUACAUGUUGUAACAAUUGUAUUUACACAGCUGAUUGUAUGUAAGCAUGCUUGAUCCAUUUUGGCAGAAAGUGCUCCGAGUGGCCUUGCAAAGAUUCUGUUUUACAAGUUGCCAAACAUUUUAGAGUUGUUUCUUUCAGGCAGUGUUUCUACACUAAUAUUUGGCCAACAAAGGGACAUUUGGUAAAUGUUAGGUCAAUGUGAAAUCCAAUUGUGAGAUACUGAUAAUCUCUAGAUAACAGAAUCAACUAAAUUAUCCGGGCACAUUUCCAUUAUAAAACAAAGAACAGCCAAUUUCUGACAUAUUGGGUUUUAUCCAAGAAAAUCUAAAAGUAUGUUCACUCAUUGUUUACAGUGCCAUGCAAUUUGUGUUACUAUUGUGUGUACAUGGAGAGCUGGACAAAAAUGCAAAUAAAUUGUGGAAUCAUGUGGAAAAUAAAA